ACUCUCUAUCGGAGUAGGGAGGCACGAUACCUACCUACCCAAGCUCUGCGCUAGGGCCUUCUAAAUAUUCCAUUGCUCACUCGUGUCUGUACAUCAGAACUGAACCCCAUCAAACUCCAUUAUCUUCAUAAACGAACAUUCACGUCAACGCGCAAAUUCAUGAUUAUAGGGCAAAAUUUACGGCGCUUUUACACCGUCCAGCGACUCAAAACCGAGCCAGCGCGUUUAUUCACCUGUCGGGCUGGCACUCAGUUCUAUCGCAUGGCUUGCUUGAGAAACACUCUCAGAUAGCUUACUUCCAUAAUCUCUGGUAGAGGUCUCACCUCUCGGUUUACUUGGGAGGCUGCGAUGGAACCGUGCCUAACCAUGCCAUAUGAAAUCUCGUCACAAGCUUGGAGCGAACGGUCGACGCCUCCGAUGCAAAACAUCAACAAAAUGAGGGCACAACGAAAGCCUUUGGAGUUUAACUCUGAUGGCCAUUCAAGGUUUCAAGGAUGCUCUAGUAUUCGUGACUACGAGAUACUGGGGAAGCUUGGAGAAGGCACAUUUGGUGAGGUUCACAAGGCUCGCUCAAGAAAAGAUGGCUAUGUCGUCGCUUUGAAAAAAAUAUUAAUGCAUAAUGAAAAAGAUGGAUUCCCCAUAACAGCACUUCGCGAAAUAAAGCUAUUAAAGAUGCUUUCUCAUAUCAAUAUUCUUAAACUUUCCGAAAUGGCCAUUGAGAGAAGCAAAGGUGAAGGAAAAAAGAAGGCUGUUAUGUAUAUGGUCACUCCAUAUAUGGACCAUGACCUUUCCGGUCUCCUUGAAAACCCACAUGUCCAAUUUACAGAGCCACAAAUCAAAUGCUACAUGUUGCAACUUCUAGAAGGAGUACGAUAUCUUCAUGAGAACAAGAUAUUACAUCGAGACAUGAAAGCGGCAAAUUUGCUCAUCAAUAACCAAGGAAUCUUGCAGAUAGCAGAUUUCGGAUUGGCAAGGCAUUACGAUGAACAACCACCGAAACCAGGGAAGGGUGGAGGAGAAGCCCGUCGAGAUUACACUACACUUGUUGUCACUCGAUGGUACCGACCGCCCGAGCUGCUUUUACAAUUACGAAGAUAUACCACCGCAAUUGACAUGUGGGGCGUGGGCUGCGUUUUUGGCGAAAUGUUCAAAGGAAAGCCAAUAUUAGCCGGCAACAGCGAUCUUCACCAAAUUCAGAUCAUCUUCGAUCUCGUCGGAUCACCCACCGAGCAAAAUAUGCCCGGGUGGAGCACUCUUCCGGGCUGUGAAAACGUGAAAAGCUUCAAGCCUCGGACGGGCACGCUUGCUCAAACAUUUCGAGAGCAGGGCUCGUCAGCGAUUUCCCUCCUCGGAGAACUCCUGAAACUGGACUGGAGAAAGCGUAUUAAUGCAAUUGAUGCGCUUCAACACCCAUAUUUCCGCACCGAUCCGCUUCCAGCAAAGCCCGGCCAGCUUCCUCAAUUUGAGGAUUCGCAUGAAUUAGAUCGGAGAAAGUUCAGGGGUCAAAAGGCAGCAUUGCCACCUGCUCCGGCCGGAGGAACUGUUGGGACUGGUCCAAACGGAGAAUGGAUUGGUCCCUCAAGUCGUUCUACUGGCCCUUGGCAAAGUAAUAGCUUUCGUCCUGGCGGUUCGGGGCCGUGGCAUGGGCACGCCAGUGCUACAGGCUCCUAUCCUGCGAAUCAAGGUACGUCUGAAAGUCGUAUACCGCAUAUUGGCCGCGGUCACGUCCCCAACCAAGCAAAUCAUCGCCCCGCUUGGGCACGAAACGGUGAAAACGCCAGGCAAUCUUCUACAUUUCAUAACAGGGAAUCCGACCUCGGGAGUCACUAUGGAAGGCAUGCACAGCACUCCAGAACGGAUCCCUCAAUUUCGAGCGCAGGCAGGGGUGAUAGUUAUGUCCCGAAUUAUUCGGACGAUAAUGAUGGGUCUCGCUUAAGGCUUGAAGGCACUCGAAGAGAGGAAAGGUACGACAGAGCUCAUUAUUCAUAUGAUCGCCGGGAGAAGUUGAGCCGACCUGCAGGAAGGACGAGAAGCAAAAGUCCUGGGGUUGAAAGAAGUAGGGACCGCGUUCGUGAGCGAGAACGGGAUCUUUAUCGGCGGUAGAUCAGGUUACGACAGGCAAUCAAACAGAUGGCAGUCGCAUGAGAUCAUAGAAUCUGCGGGUAUCCUGGAAUACUUUCUCCCUGCUACCCUUCCGUUCGGCGUUUCUCCCGAUCCUAAUUCUCGUAUGUAGUCAGCCUUUUCUAAAGAAAGCUCUGUAAGUCUUGUUCUCACGCUGUUGUAAUUGCCCGGGGAAAAUAAACCAAAAAAAACUUGUUCAAAUGCCUGGCCAAAUACUUAUAUAUGUGCUGUGAAGACCGGCUCAGGAUCUCUCGGCGCGACUAUCUACUUAAGCCAUCACUAGCUGGAAAUUUGUGAUCAAAGAACUAAUCGACCCAUGGCCUAGGAUCUGUC